ACCGAAUCGACUUCACAUUAAUUUCAGGUAAAAAUGGUUUCACUACGAGAACUCACAGAGCAACGAGGUAACCAGGGCAGAGAAGGAGAGGAGGAAAGGGUUUUAGCCGUGGAGCCUAUCACUAUGAUAGUGCCACCGGAGUUGCAGGAUGUACCGGAAACAGUGGCGUCUGAGAGCAGCGCCAGUUCCCGCACCAGAGACGACGGUGACGACCACCCUAGUGCAUCGUCAAGCAGCUCGUCUACGGAAGAGACACCCAGCCGUGAAGAAGGGGCGGGGGAUUUGGUGAGCAGUGUCUCAGAUCGGCCGGUUAUUGGGGAAUGGGAAGGUGCGACGAUCUCGGGCAGGUUGAGUAACCUACGGAAAGCGCCGAAGGACCUGCCCGGUGGAUUCAAGUUCAAGGCUGCACUUCAUCACGAAGUAGCAGAUUGUACGCCCUCCAUAAGUGGGUAUAAACGGCUGGAGGAGAUGGUGAGGGCGUACCACAUCCCCAAGACCAUAUUGCUGCGGACAGGCGGGCAGAACGAGAGAGCGUGCACUGUGUCGCAAACGGGCUGGAUACCAGUGUACGUGGACCACUUUGACGCCGGCCUGCGAUUUCCCCUGCCCGGAUUGGUGUUCGACCUGCUGGCGGAGUACGAGCUGGCGCUGACGCAGAUAACGCCCAACAGCAUAAGGUUCAUCAUGGGCUUUAUGCUGUUGUGCGCGAGAUUGGAGAUGCCAGCUAAAGCGAUAGUGUUCAGUGGCAAGAUGGAAGAGGCAGUUCGUAUUUGUUCGCGACACGCGGACAGAGAGGAUAAGCAACGACCUCGCUGCCCGGCUGUCCGAAUGGCGAACUCCGAACGCCCACAUCAACUACCCCCAGCUGCUGCCCCGGGAUGUCGACUUGAAGAACCAGCUGCUUCAGUAUGCGUAGGGGGAGGGUUUGAUAGAUUUAGAGGCCCUGGUUACCUCGGAGCAGCUCGCCGUGUUCGGAGUUCCCGAGGGCGUGGGGCGAGCAGCGCGCAACCCCGGCAAACAAGGUUUGACGAGCGGCCACCCCUAGCGCCUCAACCACGCAGCUCUUCACACCGGGGAUCCAGCUCGUCGUCCAGGCUGCGAGCAGAUAACAGAGCUGAGGCUGCGGCCCCGAGUGCAUGCAGACGUGCACGGGAGGAGACAGAGAGCGAGGAGGACGAGGUCCCCCUUGCUAGGCGCAUAAGAAGUGGGGGGACUCAGCCCGCACAGGCAGCUCGCCCUACAACGGUGCAUUCGCCCAACGCACCGUCAGCGACUGUGCGGGCAGCAGUGGAGCCCGCCACUGCUUCUACCUCGAUGGGCCUCAGGAUUGCUUAUCCUGAGGGCUUCACUUAUGUGCGGGCAGAAUUGCAGCCGGCCAUGGUGCAAGCCAUGCACAGUUUUGUGCCCCCUUCUGACAAUAAGCGGGCCAAAGCUUUUGUGCAACAGCAUGGCGGUCAGGUCGCCAUGAUCAAGUUGAUGGAUGCGUUCAAUUACGCGGUGGCACUGUACGAGAGCGAGCAGGCGGCUCGGACAGAGAACACCGAGCUCGGUGCCAAGUGUAAAGAGCUGGCCAUCGAGAAGGCUAGCCUUGUGGACGAUGUGAAUCGUCUACAAGGUUCUGAAAUGGCGAACCGAGCUGCUGCCGCAGAGAGCCGAGCAGACGAGCUCGCCGGCAGGAAUAACGAGCUCAGGGAGGAGCUGGAUCGAGCACGGGCUGAAAAGGAAAGCGGGAUUCAGGCGGCUAAGGAGGAAACCGUCCGGGUUGAGGAACGGGCGAAGAAGGCCGAGGCCGACCGAGACCGCGCUCUGCACGAGCUGGCUUCGUUAAGGAAUCAGGUCGCUGAAGCUGCCCGGAAUCUGAGCGCAGCUGAAGAGGCCUUGAAUGAGUUGAAAGUCACUCAUGGGUGCUCUAUCGCGAUGGCUCGGGCUCAAGGUGCAGAGUGGCUGGUCGGUUCAGCCGCAUUCCAAGACGCAGUGGCGGUGGCGUCUGCAAACGUAACCACGGAAAUCUACAAUGAGAUUCGUGGGAAGGUGCUGCACGACCGCCCAGAUUUUCCGAUCUGCGAGCUGGUCUUCUUUGACGAGGAGGAGCUCGACGAGCAGGGUAAGAGCCUUGCUCCCCUCGCUGAUGCAACUGUGAGGUUGAGGUGGGACUUGAACGAGGAGGGUGUGCCCGUCUGGCCACCGUCCGUGCUGGAGGACGGGGAGGAUCUAGCAGGACUACCCUCCUUUGACGCCUGGGUAGAGGGUGCUCCUGUGGCUGAGCAGGAGCCUUCGAGUACCCCACCGAACUCUCAGCCCGCUGUGUUGCCGGCCAGCUCGCCCGUCAGCGCACCAGCCACUGAGCCAGUAGCCCGGUCUCCCCCAGCUCGCUCUCCUGCAGCUGCUGCUGAUGCAUCUAUGCCCGUCGAUCUGACGGAUGACUAGAUUUAGGGUUUUUUUCUUUUGACUUUUUUGUAUCUUGUUUUUGCAUUUUGUAUUUGAUCAAUGAAUUCAUAGCAUGUACCUUCAAUGUAAAUGUCUUUGAUGAAAUACAAAAUGAACUUUUCU